ACUGAGGCACUGACCCCCGGCACCCCCGCAGCCAAGGCCGGGGAGCCCUUUCAUCAUCAGCUGGUCGGUUUUGGAAGGCAGGAGCCAGCGGGCCUGGCCAGGGAGAGGGGAGAGGCAGCGCGCUGUGUGAGGGCGGCAGGGGCUGUUGCAGGCAAGCUGCAGUGACUCCUCCUAGAGGCGGUAUGUGGAGAAGAAGGAGCCCCCCCUCCGUCCCCCUCCAGAGCUGCCGCCGCCAUUGAAACAUACAAUACAAGAGAAAGCUAGCGGCAGGCGAGAGCAGCCCAGGGGAGUCAGCGGCAGCAGGAGCUUCCCGAGGCGGGGAAGGCGGCGGCGACCUCCAGGCAGCUUUUGUGUAGGUGCAAGUAAAUAAAAACUUUCUGUCAGCAAAUUGAAAGGAAUAUAGCAGCAAGAUGUCUGCCCGAAGUGGGAAAAAGAAAAUGUCCAAAAUGUCACGCUCAAGCAGGGCAGGUGUUAUUUUCCCUGUGGGGAGGAUGAUGCGCUACUUGAGGAAAGGAACAUACAAGUACCGGAUAGGUGUUGGAGCGCCAGUCUACAUGGCAGCUGUCAUAGAAUACCUAGCAGCUGAAAUACUAGAGCUAGCAGGGAAUGCAGCAAGAGAUAACAAAAAGGGAAGAAUUGCCCCCAGACACAUCCUCCUGGCAGUUGCUAAUGAUGAGGAACUGAACCAGUUGCUAAAAGGAGUGACCAUUGCAAGUGGAGGGGUCCUGCCCAGAAUUCAACCAGAGCUUCUUGCCAAAAAACGAGGUGCCAAAGGAAAAUCUGAAACUAUCCUUUCCCCGUCUCCUGAAAAGAGAGGGAGGAAAUCCUUGGUGAGCAAGAAGAGUGGAAAGAAAGCAAAGGCUACCAAAGCCAGGGCACCCAAAAAGAGCAAGCAGAAGGAGAAUGAAAAAGAAGGGGCCUCAAAUUCAACAUCUGAGGAUGGACCUGGGGAUGGAUUCACCAUCCUGUCUUCUAAGAGCCUCGUUCCAGGACAGAAGCUUUCUCUGACACAAAGUGACGUCAGCCAUAUUGGCUCCAUGAAAGUAGAAGGCAUUGUUCACCCAACAACUGCUGAAAUAGACCUCAAGGAGGAAAUAGGCAAGGCCUUGGAAAAGGCUGGAGGGAAAGAAUUUUUAGAAACAGUAAAGGAGCUCCGCAAAUCACAAGGACCUUUGGAAGUUGCUGAAGCUGCCCUCAGCCAGUCCAGUGGACUAGCAGCAAAGUUUGUGAUCCAUUGUCACAUCCCACAGUGGGGUUCAGACAAAUGUGAAGAGCAACUUGAGGAGACUAUUAAGAACUGCUUAACAGCUGCAGAAGACAAGAAGUUGAAGUCUGUGGCUUUCCCCCCUCUCCCCAGUGGCAGAAACUGCUUCCCAAAACAGACCGCAGCCCAGGUGACUCUCAAAGCCAUUUCCACCCAUUUUGAUGACGCUAGUUCUUCCUCCUUGAAGAACAUUUACUUUCUGCUCUUUGACAGUGAGAGCAUCGGAAUCUACGUGCAAGAAAUGGCCAAGCUAGACACCAAGUAGCUAUGACAGCCAAAUGAAGCUUUAUUUUUCAACAUAAAUUUGAGUAGCAUUAAAGAAUUAGAGGUGGGUUUUAUUUUUAAAAUGUGGUGAAGAGGGGGAAUGUUAGUAGUUUGAUGUUUUGUGACUUAAUGGAGAGCUUUGCUAUGGAGGAGAGGGUUUAGUCUGUGAUUAAUUCUUGCUAAUAGAUACCCCCUACCAUUUUAUAUCACCUUAAAGAAAUCUUGAGUAGUUAAUUUGCCAGCUCUCUUCAAAAGUUUGUUUAAAUAUGUCUUGCUUUUUUAGUUUAGGACUCAUUUUAGAUUUGUAGCUUUGAAUUUUACACACACACAAUUCUUUGUUCCCCUUUCUUUUUUUGAGGGUGGAUGGCAAAAUGUUAAUUUUUUUGUCUACAUUCCAUGUUGGAGAGAGAAUUUUAAAGAUGUACUAGGACCUUCUAUUUUGUUUUACCCCAUAAUAAUCUCUGUAAUUACUGAGAAUAUUUCAUCUUUGUUUUUUGUUUUAUAAGAAAAAAGAAAAGAAAAUGUGUCCAGUGUAUUUAUUAUAAACCGUACCCUAAUUACAGAUACUUUUGCCUUUAAAUGAAAGUCAACAAUACCCCCAGAGUGUAGAAGUAUUUGACAUAUGAAUACUUAGGGUACAGAUAGUACCAAAUCUGUGGCCACAACAUACUUCCAUAUAAAAGACACUGAAUUAGACCCUGUGUGGAAUUUUUGCCAGGUAAUGGAUGCAAUGCUAUGGAUCGAUUCAGGAUGGCAGCCAUCCGUUCUGAGUGUGUCUCAGGGCCAGACUCAGAGUAUUACAGUCUUGAAGACUUAGGCAAACCAAGGCCUUCACUUGAACUGUAAAUUCUUCAAAAGCAGCUCUCUAUGUUGUGAAGAGAUAGGAUUUGCUGUUGGUCUGAACCAAACUGAGCAAAAAUAGCAAAUGAGGGCAGUGAACUUGCAGAGAUAACGUAUCACACAUUUCACUCAAAAAGAGGACUGGUAGACAAAAAUGAAUGGACUUUUGAAAACAGCAUAUUCUGCUACUUAUUUUAUUUUAAAAUCCAUUUAAAUUGAAUUCCAGUCUCAGCUCCAUCUUAGCAUGUGAACUGAGUGUUGAAAAAGUUUCAGCAAGAAAUACAGUUUCUGUGCAGGUCCACAUCACAGAGCCACUUUAAAAGGAGCGUGCUUUAUGUUAUUAUAAUGCACCAUGCUAAAGAAUGGGAUUCGUAAUACGUGAUGUUUUGGUGCAGUAUUGCUAUCAGUCAAAAAGCCAUAUAGCUUGUGUCAUUUUGGUAAUGAUGAACCUUUUAUUCUUUUCCAGCUUUGUUAAUGCCAGUCGAUACAUGUAUUUCCUUGCUACUUCAUCAUUGUCCUUUCUAUCUAGCAGGGCAUAGUCUGUCCCAUAGUCUCCCAG